AUGCUACCAACCCCGUCGACCUCACACGUCAACUACGACCAGAUCUACGAACCAGCCGAGGACUCCUACCUCCUCCUCGACACCCUCUCUUCAGCCUCCGAAUCGACUUUCCUCAAAUUCCGCUUCCCUUUCACAACCCCUUCGCCUCUAGUUCUCGAAGUAGGCGUCGGCUCCGGCGUCGUCCUAGCCUUCGCUACAGCAAACGCCAAGCACAUCUUUGGCCGUUCCGACAUCCUAGCCUUAGGCACAGAUGCUAACGAACAUGCUUGUCGAGCCGCCGCUCACACAGUCCGAGGAGCCGCGACCGAGCAUACCAGAUCCGUGAAGCCAGCGGGAAUAUUCGGAGAUUGCGUAGUCGGUGACCUCGCCACUUCACUUCGCCAACAAAACGUGGAUGUCUUGAUCUUCAAUCCUCCAUACGUGCCCACCGAGACACUCCCCAGUCUCUCUUCUGCCACCCAGGACAAAUUCGAGCAGGACUCCCAUCUACUGUCUUUAUCGUACGCCGGUGGCCACGACGGCAUGGAAACUACAAAUCGUCUGUUGGCCGACCUUCCGACAGUACUCAGCGAGCGCGGUGUAGCGUAUAUUCUGCUUUGUAAUCAGAAUAGACCCGAAGUUGUGAUUGCCGGUAUCCUCGCUCGGCCUGGCGGUUGGAGAGCCAAGAUCGUGGGAUCCAGUGGCAAGACAGGUGGAUGGGAGAAAUUGUGUGUCAUCCGCAUCUGGCGGCCUUGA